GAGUGGACGGAGUCGACGUGGUGGCCGGGGCUGACGGGCUGAGGCGGCGGAGUCGGAGUCGGAGCGACGCGGACUCGGUGGCGGGAGGGACGGACUGGCCGAGCGCCCCUGUGCCCGCCAUGAAGCCCCCCGCAGCAUGCACGGGAGACACCCCAGAUGCCGAUGCUGUCAACUUCCUGCGCUGGGACCUGAACGCGAAACAGAUCGGGGAGCUCACUGAGCAGCUCAUCGAGCAGACCAAGCGCGUGUAUGACCAGGUGGGCGCCCAGCACAGGGAGGAUGUGUCCUACGAGAGCACGUUGAAGGCGCUGGCUGACGUGGAAGUGGCCUACACAGUCCAGAGGAACAUUCUGGACUUCCCCCAGCAUGUGUCUCCGUCCAAGGACAUUCGGACGGCCAGCACCGAAGCGGACAAGAAGCUGUCAGAGUUUGACGUGGAGAUGAGCAUGAGGCAGGAUGUAUACCAGAGGAUUGUUUGGCUGCAGGAGAAGACCCCCAAGGACUCCCUGAGACCCGAGGCCAUGCGGUACUUGGAGCGGCUGAUCAAGCUGGGCCGGAGGAAUGGGCUCCACCUGCCUGAGGAGACCCAGGAGAAAAUCAAGAGCAUCAAGAAGAAACUGAGUCUCCUCUGCAUCGACUUCAACAAAAACCUGAACGAGGACACUACGUUCCUGCCCUUCACCCGCGAAGAGCUAGGGGGUCUCCCGGACGACUUUCUGAACUCAUUGGAGAAGACGGAAGACGAGAAGCUAAAGGUCACGCUCAAAUACCCGCAUUACUUUCCCCUUCUGAAGAAAUGCCACGUGCCUGAGACCCGUAGAAAGGUGGAGGCGGCUUUCAACUGUCGCUGCAAGGAGGAGAACUGCGCCAUCCUCCGGGAGCUGGUGGCCCUGCGGGCACAGAAGAGCAGCCUGCUGGGCUUCCGUACUCACGCCGAUUAUGUGCUGGAGAUGAACAUGGCUCAGAAUGGCCAGGCCGUGGCGACUUUCCUUGAUGAGCUGGCCCAGAAGCUGAUGCCCCUGGGGGAGCAGGAGCGGGCGGUGAUCCUGGAGCUGAAGAAGGCCGAGUGCGAGCAGCGGGGCCUGCCCUUCGACGGGCGCGUCAAUGCCUGGGACAUGCGCUACUACAUGAACCGCGUGGAGGAGACGCGCUACCACGUGGACCAGAACCUGCUCAAGGAGUAUUUCCCCAUGGAGGUGGUCACCCGCGGGCUGCUGGGCAUCUACCAGGAGCUGCUGGGCCUCACCUUCCACCUGGAGCCCGACGCGGCCGUGUGGCACGAAGACGUGCGCCUCUACUGCGUGCGGGACGCCGCCUCGGGCGCGGUGAUCGGCAAGUUCUACCUGGACCUCUACCCACGGGAAGGGAAAUAUGGCCACGCCGCCUGCUUUGGCCUGCAGCCCGGCUGCCUGCGGCCCGAUGGCAGCCGCCAGAUUGCCAUUGCCGCCAUGGUCGCCAACUUCACCAAGCCCACCCCCGACGCGCCCUCACUGCUGCAGCAUGACGAGGUGGAGACCUACUUCCAUGAGUUUGGUCACGUGAUGCAUCAGCUCUGCUCGCAGGCAGAGUUCGCCAUGUUCAGCGGGACGCAUGUGGAGCGGGACUUCGUGGAGGCACCGUCGCAGAUGCUGGAGAACUGGGUGUGGGAGCCGGAGCCGCUGCUGCGCAUGUCCCAGCACUACCGGCGGGGCAGCCCCAUUCCCCAGGAGCUGCUGGACAAGCUCAUCAAGUCGCGGCAGGCCAACACUGGGCUCUUCAACCUGCGCCAGAUCGUGCUGGCCAAGGUGGACCAGGCCCUGCACACGCAGACGGAUGCCGACCCGGCCGAGGAGUACGCCCGCCUCUGCCAGGACAUCCUGGGGGUCCCUGCCACGCCAGGGACCAACAUGCCCGCCACCUUUGGGCACCUGGCGGGUGGCUACGACGCGCAGUACUACGGCUACCUGUGGAGCGAAGUCUUCUCCACGGACAUGUUCCACACGCGCUUCAAGGCCGAGGGCGUGCUCAACGGCAAGGUCGGCAUGGAUUACCGCAGCUGCAUCCUGCGGCCCGGCGGCUCCCAGGACGCCAGCGCCAUGCUGAAGCUCUUCUUGGGCCGCGAGCCCACGCAGGACGCCUUCCUCCUGAGCAAGGGGCUGCGGGUGGACGGCAGCCAGCCGGCAGCCUGCUGACGCCCGCUCAGCCUGGGGCAACUGGGCGGGGCUCCCUGUCUCCCCCCACCACACUGAGGUGCUGGAGUGGCGGGGGCACAGGUCUUGCCCUCCCGGUGAGGGAGGGUCGGGCUGGGGCUGGGCCGCCCGGCACUAUCUUUGUUGCACUAACUAAGCUGCUUGCGGGAAGUUGUCCCGGUGCAGAGACUGGGCACCUUCUUUGCAACGUGGCAUUAAAAACCCCAGCUCAGCGCCUGACUCCUCAGUGCUCUUCCGCCCUCCAUCAGGGUCAGUUCUGGCUGGGGCCACCAGCCGGGGUUCAUGCUCUU